AUGCCAUAUGGGUUGAAGAAUGCUCCAGCCGUCUUCCAAUCCUUUGUAGAUGAGAUUCUCCGAAACCUGCUCGGGCAGGGAAUGGUAGUGUACAUCGAUGACAUCUUGAUCUAUUCUGCCACACGCGCGGCGCAUGUGUCUCUGGUGCGUAAGGGUUUUGGUCAGGUGGCUGCUCCCAUCACCUCACUGCUGAAGGGAGGACCCGUGCGCUUGCGUUGGUCAGCAGAGGCGGGCAGAGCUUUCAGUCGUUUGAAGGAGCUGUUCACCAAUGCGCCGUACGUGCCGAGGGGGGUCCAGGAUAAGCUGAUCUGUCAGGAAUCAGAUUCUGACAGUGACAGUGAGGAGCUGCCCCUCAACCUUGUAGCCAUUGAGAACCCUGAAUCUGAAUUUCCCUUGUCAACUGAGGAAGUACCAGGUCCCUUUGAAGAUGCUGGUGGUGAUGGAGGCAGGCCGACAGUGGAUGAAGUACAGGAGUUCUGUGAUCGCUUCCUAGUUCUUCUGCGAUGCCUGCAUUUUGUCAACAAUGCUACUGCCAUCCUAAGUGACCCGUUAUACAAAAUAAGAAAUGUUCUUAUCAACCUGACAUCAGCAUUUGGUCGGGUCUUUGUGCCAUACAAGGACCUAUGCAUUGAUGAGUCCCUGAUGUUAUGGAAAGGUAGGCUGGCGUUCCGUCAAUAUAUUCCCUCCAAAAGGCACAGGUUUGGAGUCAAGUUCUUUGUCAUGUGCGACGUGAAGACAGGAUUUGUCCAGGAUAUUAUAGUUUACACAGGGUCCACCACUGACAUCAAACAUUAUGAUGGGCUUGGGGUGUCAGGGUCCGUGGUGAUGACCAUGCUGGCUCCUCAUCUCGGCAAGGGACACACUUUGUACGUGGACAAUUGGUACAGCAGUCCCACACUCUUCCAGCAUCUGCUCUCCAACAGCACAGGGGCAUGUGGCACAGUCAGGUCGAACAGGAAGGGGAUGCCGGCAUUCGGAUGCAGGAAGAUGCAGAGAGGGGAGGUGGAGUUCCAAGAGAACGGUCAACAGCUGGCAGUAAAGUGGCAUGACAAGCGAGACGUCCAUGUCCUCUCCACUGUCCAUACAGCAACCAUGUCGGCCACAGGGAAGGUGGACCACCUGACCGGAGAGAGAAAGAUCAAACCAGAUUGUGUGCUUGAUUAUAACCUCAAAAUGGGGGCCGUGGAUAAGGCAGACAUGAUAAACAGCUUUGUGGAAUGCACACGGAAAACGAACAAGUGGUAUAAGAAGAUAUUUUUCCAUCUGAUCGACACUGCUGUCCUCAACGGCAGCAUAGUUCACCGCCAACUAACAGGUAAAGUAAUUACCUACCAAAAAUACAGAGAGAACCUCAUGAGAGAGCUGCUGGAGGAGCACCACACCCCUCGGCGCCCAUCCACUGGGGGUCGUCCUGCUGUAGACAAUCCCCUACGCCUCACUGCACGACAUUUUCCCUGCAAAGUCCCUCAAACUGCUUCUCAAGGUAGUCGCACACGGAGGCAUUGCAAAGUCUGCCUGUCUGGCGCCAGGAGAAGUAAGCAGAGGAAGAUGACAAAAUACAUGUGUCUAGCUUGUGAUACACCUCUAUGUAUUUCACCAUGCUUUGAGGAGUAUCACAUGCUCAAGCGUUAUUGAGCACAUCUGCAGCAAUAGGUGACUGACUGACCUGACAUGUGACUUGACAGGUGACCAGCCAUGAUACUAUGCCUUAGAGAUGGGGGUGGAAAUGCAGUUGUUGUUCAGUCACUGCAUGGAUAUUAAAUAUGGGUUACGCAUAUUCAGUUUUUUGUCCUCUAGUAAAACAAGUUGUUGAAAUAACUACCAGUACUGCAAUAAAAUAGAUGAAUAUUACAUA